GGCGAAGUUCAGAAAAGUGGGACAGAGCACAUUUCGGGGUGAGAAUGGAGGCGCCCUUAGAAAAUGGACCUGAAUUUUUACUCUGAUCUAAUGGAUGGGACUGGGCAACACGGAGAUCCAGAAUUCCUGGACCCGGGGUCUUUCAAUGGAUUUGACAAUAAGUUCCCUGGAGGCAGUGACAACUUCCUGACCAUCAGCGGGGCAAGCCAUCCGUUCCUCGCCUCCUCUGAGACAUUCCACACCCCCAGCCUGGGCGAUGAGGAGUUUGAGAUCCCCCCCAUCUCCCUGGAUCCGGACCAGGCCCUCACUGUGUCUGAUGUAGUGGCCCACUUCGGAGAGCUCUCGGACGGGGAGCGCGGUGGCCUGUCCACCCCCGGGAAUGCGGUGGUGGGGGGAGACGACCCGUCCUUCGCCAUGACCUUUGUCAACCCACAUUCGGGGUCACAGGGGCUAGAACACCAUCUUAGUCUGGGGGUCAUCAGUCAACCUGGUGGAGGAGGGGCCAUGCUGGGGUCUGCUCUGGGGAUGGAUCUGGGACACCCCAUUGGUUCCCAGUUCAGCAGCUCCUCCCCAAUGACCAUAGACGUCCCGCUGAAUGACAUGGGACACGGCCUGUUGGGACACAAUCAGCUGACCACCAUGGACCAAUCAGAGUUCAGCUCACAGCUGGGGCUCAGCCUGGGGGGCGGGGCCAUCCUGGCGUGCUCGCAGUCGCCUGACCAACCACUAUCGGCCGCUGCUUCACCCGUUGGUUCACUACAGGAUGACGACAUGGACGACUUCAGACGGCAGAGUGUGUUGGUGGAGUCCCCUGUCUCUCUCGGCGUCAUCUCCCUCGAUCCCUCUCUCUCCGAUUCCCCCAUACCUUCCUCCGCUCCGUCUUUCAGCACCCCUCCUACCCUCGUCCGGAGAGGGGGAGCGGUCGGAGGAGGGAAGAAAGGGAAGAGGAGGAAAGACCCCAACGAGCCCCAGAAGCCAGUAUCGGCCUACGCUCUAUUCUUCAGAGACACACAGGCAGCCAUUAAGGGACAGAACCCUAACGCCACCUUCGGAGAGGUGUCCAAGAUAGUGGCCUCCAUGUGGGAAAGUUUGGGGGACGAGCAGAAACAGGUCUACAAGAGGAAGACUGAGGCAGCUAAGACAGGGGAUCUCAAGGCUUUGGCAGCCUACAGAGAUAAUCAACUUCCUGAGCCAACCAUAGAGCUUCUGGACACUGCUCUGUCACCUCCCUCUCCUCCUUCCCCCGCCCUUCUCCCCAUCCCCGUCGCCCACCAUCCCCGCUCCACUCGUUCCUCCACCCCCCACCUGGCCCCCGAGGAGAACACCAUUACCAACAUCUGCACCUCCAACAUCAUCCUAACAGGUGGAGAUCUCCCUCAAGUCACCACCCGUUCCCGUACAGGGGCGCACAAACCGCCCGCCCCGGCCCCCAGCCCCCCCACCGUCACCAAAAUCAUCAUCAAGCAACAGAAGUCUCCCUCAGGGGUGACUGUGGUGUCCAGUAGUGCGGUAUUGUCGUCCCGUCAACCACCGCCACUCCAACAGAUGCAGAACACCCCUCCUCCCCCCCGUCUCCAGCAGAUGGUACAUGCCCAGGCCCCUCCGCCACUGCAGGCCAAACCAAGAGGCGUGGGUGCCGGUGGUGCCACAGCACCACCCCCCCUGCAGAUCAAGAUGGUCCAUCCCUCAGAUUUGGACUCUCCAAUUAUCGUGACUGCUGCAGGGGGUUUAGCUGCGGCGGGUGGGUUCAAUCCGAACUCGGGGAAGGUGGUACAGUCCUCUGCCAUAGUAAUGGCCUGUUCAACGGAGGCUGAGGACGGGGCUGAAGGAGAGGAAGGGAUGCAGGUAGAGUUGAAUGUGUCUUCAGGGCCAGUUGUGAUCCAGGCCUCCAGCCCUAACCUGUGUGUCAGAGCAGGCUGUACCAACCCAGCUGUCGAGAACAAGGACUGGGACAGGGAGUACUGCAGCAACGAGUGUGUGGCCACACACUGCAGGGAUGUCUUCAUGGCCUGGUGUGCGAUCCGAGGGCAGAAGUCCACCUCCGUCACGUAAGGAAUGGACAGAAGACAGGAGUGAGAGAAGAUUAUCAUGAUAUAGACAUGAUAUAGACAUGAUAGAGGGAGGACUAGGAAGGAGAGAAGAGGAGUGUGGACUGAACAAUGGACAUGGUGGAGGAAGGAGAGAAAGGAGAAUAGAUUUGGCUUUUAUUCACAGCAGACUUUGUCCUCUUAAGCAGAAUCAAGUGGAAGACCAAUACUCCUGUGAUGUUAAAUUAUGAAGUUUAAAUAAUGAGAGUAUUUUAUAUGAAAUGUUUUUAAUCAUUUUAAGAUGUUGGUGAAAAGUAAUAUAACGCUGCAGGGUACUAAUUGGGAUGUCUUGCAUUUCAUAGCUUGGAUGUUAAGAGUUGGAUAAAGGGUAAGAUCAGGAGUUUAUUUUUCCUGAUCACGUGACACAAGGAAAAACUUAGCCACGAUGACCAUAUUCUUCUUGGCUAGAUCACGUGAUCAGGAGAAACUCCUGUCCUUAUCCAUCAGCCAAUGAGAAGGCAUGUUUAUUUCAUGUGUGCGUCCUCUCGUCCGACUUCUGUUGAAACGGAGAUCACGGUAUCAAUGUUGUCCAUGUUAUCAAUGUUGCCUGCAACUUCAAAUCAGUCUCACCCUCAGCCCUAGUGGGAAAUUCCCUUCAGUCUAAUCGUUUAGACCGUUGGUUUCCCAAGCAGACCUGGUUUCAGAUCCCACCCUGACAUACAAACCUCUGGGCUGCGUUCAGGAGUGUGAAGAAUUCUGAACGUUGCUGAUAGACAGGCCAUGUAUAGAAUUGACAUGCUUCUCUGUCAUGUUCUAGAGAAAGGAAUCAUGUCUGUUUACAUGUUGUAUUUCUAUCAGAACGGUUGUUCCACACUGAACAUGAUUGCCAUUGAAUGGGAAGGUUUCACGUAUGCAUAUUACGAACAUUCAGGAUUACAGUUUUUUUUUUAAACCAUCAUGUUGGUGAAAUAAAAUUGUAGGAAAAAUA